AAAAGGUAAAUUCCCUGAAGAUCCCCCUUCCAUUUCUUUUUUUUUUUAUUGGGUCUCUUUGAUCUUGUAGAUUUUAGAUGAUUUCUCCUUUUUAAUUGCGGUGGUCAAAGUGGGAAUUAUAGAUUUUUGAUGGAUUUGAUGGUUUCGAUUCGUUCCUUUCCACCUGUGUUUGGAGGGUUUCGGGAGAUUCUUGGCUUAGGGUUAGAUAUAGUCUUUCUUUAGCAGCUUUUAGACAUUUCUCUCUUUCUCUCUAGGUAGAGAUUGAAGAGAUUUGUUUUGGUUCUUUAUUUUUAAUAUUCCUUUUUAUACAUCUGUAUACUUAUAUAUGGUAACAGUGGAAAAGAUAGAGAUUUUCCUUUUCGUGUUUUAUGGGAGGAAAAAAUAUUUGGAGUUUGGGGUAAGUUAAUCUGGAUUGAUUCUGUUGAUCUCUGAUUUGGGUGUGUAGCUUGUGGGUAUUAAGUUGUCCUAUUUGAUAAAUCUAGGGUUUUGAUGGAAGGGAGAUAUUCGGGGGAUUGAUUUAUUGGUGAUCAAGCCUGUUUGUAAGGUUCUUUUGUUGAAUUUUUCUUUGGAAUUGGUUGUAUUCAACUCACCAGCAGCAAAAUCCACCAAGGAAAUUAUGAGCUGAAUGGGAGAUUCUCUCCUCAUAGCCUUGUCAAUGGAGAAUCAUCACCCAUCCACUCUCUUGUCCAUGGAUUCCAGUGCCUCAUCUCACGAUGAACUCGAUUUGGAGAUGAAUCGGCAGAUCCUACUUUCCCGUCCUCCAGACAUUAACUUACCUUUGUCAGCUGAGCGUAGCCCUCCUCCACAGCCGUGGAACUCGGUCCCCUGUGAUAUUUUGGAUGUUGGGCUUGGUCCACAAGUUUAUGAGACAGAGAGUUUCCUUAAUGUCCCCAAGGUUGGGAGGAAAUUGGCCAAGCGGGUAGAUAGCAUAUGGGGUGCUUGGUUUUUCUUCAGUUUCUACUUUAAGCCGGCAUUGAAUGAGAAAUCAAAGGCGAAGAUUAUCCGAGACAGCAAUGGAGUGUCUGGAUUUGAUAAAUCUGAUCUCAAGCUUGAUGUUUUUAUGGUUCAGCAUGACAUGGAGAACAUGUAUAUGUGGGUUUUCAAGGACAGGCCCGAGAAUGCAUUGGGAAAGAUGCAGUUGAGGAGUUACAUGAAUGGGCAUUCUCGCCAGGGGGAGCGUACAUUUCCCUUUUGUGUGGAUAAGGGUUUUGUCCGAUCGCACAGGAUGCAAAGGAAGCAUUAUAGGGGUUUGUCGAAUCCACAGUGUGUGCAUGGAAUAGAGCUUGUUCCAUCACCCAAUCUCAUGGGUGUUGAUGAUGAAGAGCGGAAAAGAUGGGUGGAACUCACAGGUAGAGAGCCGAAUUUCUCAAUCCCACCUGAAGCAAGUGAUUUUAGUUCAUGGAGAAAUCUUCCCAACACUGAUUUUGAGCUUGAGAGGCCACCCGCUCCGAUAAAGAAUGGCCCAACUUCCCACUCGAAGAAGCUGCUUAAUGGUUCUGGGCUUAAUUUGUCAACUCAGCCAUCUAACCACAGCAAUGGUGAUGUGAUGGAUCUCUCACCUCUCAGCAGCAAAAGAAGGAAGGAUUUUUUCCCACAUGGGGGUGAUGAUGAUUGUUAUUUGGCCGUUAAUCCUCCCUCUGAUCGGAUCACUAAUAUGGAACUUCACCUCAAUGAGCCACCUUGGUUGAAUGGCUUUAGUGGGGUGAUGAAGAAUGUGCUUGGACCUGUUACUGGAGCAAAAACAAUUUAUGAGGAUGAAAAAGGUUAUUUAAUCAUUAUUAGCUUUCCCUUUGUAGAUCUGCAAACAGUAAAGGUUUCUUGGAGGAAUACUCUGAGUCACGGUAUCAUAAAGGUAUCAUGUGUGAGCACGUCUGGCAUGCCCUUUGUGAAGAGGCAUGAUAGAACUUUCAAGCUUACAGAUCCAGCUUCUGAGCAUUGUCCUCCUGGGGAAUUUGUUAGAGAAAUCCCACUUUCAACUAGAAUCCCUGAGGAUGCUAACAUAGAAGCAUAUUAUGAUGGGCCAGGAUCCGUGCUUGAAAUUAUGGUACCAAAACUCAGUGCAGGACCUGAAGAACAUGAGGUUCGUGUUUGCCUUCGUCCUCAUCUUGGAGGCAAUGAUCUUAUGUUGACCUGAUAUACGUAUUUAUUUAAGAUAGUUGGGGUGGGAUUUCUGAUGUUUCAUUGCUUUUUGUACCAUGCUAUGUAAUCUGUUAUCUGUGAAAUGAAAUGUCAGUCUCACUAA